UUGUUCAAUUGCAUGUUGCAGCAAUGAGAAUGACAUCACGGAGAGGCUUAAGCGUAUUAUUCAAGCAAAUGCCAGACUUCUCGAAGACAUUUCUGAUACCAGUUUUCAAAAUAAGAGUCUGAGUGCUUGGGUUGAUCUGCAAAUGGAAGUUGCACAGUAUAUAAACAGUGAUGUUCGUGGAGUGCCACUACAUUUGCAAGCUAGUAAACCAAUGAGUGGUUUCACUCAACGCCUUAAAGGAAAGCAGGGACGAUUCCGUGGAAAUCUCUCAGGGAAGCGUGUGGAAUAUACUGGCCGAACUGUUAUAUCUCCUGAUCCAAAUUUGAAAAUUACAGAGGUUGCCAUUCCAAUACUGAUGGCUCGAAUUUUGACAUAUCCUGAGCGAGUUUCACAGCACAACAUAGAGAAGUUGAGGCAAUGUGUUCGUAAUGGACCAAAUAAAUAUCCUGGUGCAAAGUUUAUUAAGCAUCCUGAUGGAACUGAGAUAUCGUUGAUGUUCUCUUCUAGAAAGCGUCAUGCUGAUGAAUUGAAAUUUGGUUAUAUUGUCGAUCGACAUCUGGAAGAUGGAGAUAUAGUCCUGUUUAACAGACAGCCAAGUCUACAUAGGAUGUCAAUCAUGUCUCAUCGGGCAAGGAUAAUGCCAUGGCGCACAUUGAGAUUUAAUGAAUCUGUAUGCAAUCCUUAUAAUGCUGAUUUUGAUGGGGAUGAGAUGAAUAUGCAUGUGCCACAAACAGAAGAGGCGAGAACAGAGGCUCUUAUGUUAAUGGGGGUUCAAAACAAUUUAUGCACUCCGAAGAGUGGAGAAAUUUUGGUUGCUUCUACCCAGGAUUUUUUGACGUCUUCCUUUCUCAUCACGAGGAAGGACACAUUCUAUGAGCGUGCUUCCUUUUCACUUAUAUGCUCAUAUAUGGGCGACGGAAUGGAUCCUAUAGAUUUACCAACUCCAGCACUGAUUAAGCCGGUUGAGCUUUGGACUGGGAAACAACUCUUUGGUGUGCUGCUGCGUCCAUAUUCAAAGAUGAGAGUCUAUGUAAAUCUAACAGUCACAGAAAAGAGUUACAGCGGGAAAGGGGAAACAAUGUGCCCAAGUGAUGGAUUUGUUUAUUUCCGUAAUAGUGAACUGAUCAGCGGGCAACUCGGGAAGGCUACAUUAGGAAAUGGAAAUAAGGAUGGUCUAUACUCUGUUCUGUUGAGGGACUACAAGUCACAUGCUGCUGCAACAUGCAUGAAUCGGCUUGCAAAAUUAAGUGCUCGGUGGAUUGGUAAUCAUGGAUUUUCUAUAGGGAUUGAUGAUGUCACACCUGGGGAAAUCUUAGUUAAGCAAAAACUAGAAGAGAUUCAUCAAAAUUACAAGAAAUGUGAAGACCGUAUCCAACAAUUUAAUGAAGGAAAGCUUGCCGUGCAACCAGGCUGUGAUGCUGCCCAGACUCUGGAGGCUGAAGUAACUAUGUCGUUGAAUAAAGUUCGUGACGACAUAGGAAAAGUAAGAACAACUUAUCUUUUCAUGUGCUGCGUGUUUCCAACUAACAGUCGUCACUUGUGGGAUCNCGGUCAUGUGGUGCACUAUCUUUGGUUCCAGGAAUGGGAAAGGGAGGGGAUGAUUCAUCAAUUGCAGUUAUGUUAUAUUAAGGAAGAAAUGCUUAAAGUAAUUAUUGAUGUUACUUAUGCACUCAAUUGUACAAAUUGCUUGUAUGUACGCCCGCUGAUGCUGAUUACAGUUAUGUUUUUGGUCCAGGCUAAAGGGUUUGUAGCUCAUUCCUUUUUUGACGGUUUGUCAGCAACUGAGUUCUUUUUUCACACAAUGGGAGGAAGAGAAGGCCUUGUUGAUACGGCAGUUAAAACUGCUGACACCGGAUACAUGUCUCGUCGACUUAUGAAAGCUUUAGAGGACCUUGCUGUUUAUUAUGACAACACUGUACGAAAUGCCAGCGCAAGUAUAAUUCAGUUCAUGUAUGGUGAUGAUGGCAUGGAUCCUUCACAGAUGGAAGAGAAAAAAGGCCGUCCUCUGAACUUUAGCAGAUUAUUUAUGAAAGUUAAGGCAACGUGUCCUCCUAGAGGUGAGAAGAGUUUGUCUUACUCGGAAAUCUGCGAGAUUGUCAAUGAAAGGCUCUCAUAUCAUGAUAUGAGUCCUGAAGGGGGGUGCUCAGAGGCAUUCCGGGCUUCAUUAUCAGAUUUUCUGAUUAAACAUUUAGCUGAAACCUUGAAGAGAUUACGGGAAGCCCUCUUAUUGGAUGGAGAGCAGUAUGCAGGGGGUGACCGUGAAUAUCUUGAAAACAUUGCAUUAAACAUAUCUGGUAUUACAAAGAAGCAACUACAGGUGUUCCUCAACAUGUGCAUCUCUCGCUAUCACCUGAAAAGACUAGAAUCGGGAACUGCAAUUGGUGCAAUUGGAGCUCAGAGUAUUGGGGAACCUGGGACACAGAUGACAUUGAAAACCUUUCACUUUGCUGGAGUUGCAAGCAUGAACGUUACACUUGGAGUUCCUCGAAUAAAAGAAAUUAUAAAUGCAGCAAAAAAGAUCAAUACUCCUAUUAUUACUGCAAAACUUCUGUCUGCUGCUAAUUUAACUGCAGCAAGGAUGAUAAAAGCCCGCAUUGAGAAAACUCUUUUGGGACAGGUGGCUAAGAGUGUAAAGAUUGUGAUGGCGUCUCGAUUAGCAUCAAUUGCUAUUACGCUAGAUAUGGAGACAAUUCAGGUGUCACAACUGUGUAUUGAUGCUUAUACUGUCAAGCAAUCGAUUUUGCAGACCCCAAAAAUAAAAUUGAAAGAACAGCAAGUAAAAGUUUUGAACCACAGGAAGCUGGAAGUUUUUCCUCAGGCUAAUAAAGAUAAGCUGCAUUUUGAACUUCACCGGUUGAAAAAUAAGCUUCCUGCUGUUGUUGUGAAGGGUAUUACUACGGUUCAAAGGGCUGUGGUGAACAAAGAACAAGAAAGAGACCGUAAGAGUGAUGUCAAAGGAGAAACAUAUGAGUUGCUUGUUGAAGGUACCGGUCUCCUAGCCGUAAUGGGCAUUGACGGAGUUGAUGGACAUAAUACAAAGAGUAAUCAUAUAAUGGAGGUGCAACAAAGACUAGGCAUUGAAGCAGCAAGGAUCUCCAUAAUUGAUGAGAUUAACUAUACCAUGUCAAGUCAUGGAAUGACAAUAGACUUGCGGCACAUGAUGCUUCUAGCAGAUCUGAUGACAUAUAAGGGUGAAGUUCUGGGAAUUACCAGACAUGGCGUUCAGAAAAUGAAAGAUAGCGUACUGAUGUUAGCCUCAUUUGAGAAGACAACCGACCACCUGUUUAAUGCAUCUGUAAAUGGAAGGGAUGAUAAGAUAGAAGGAGUUAGCGAAUGCAUCAUCAUGGGCAUACCAAUGCAGAUAGGCACUGGGAUGUUUAAACUUCGGCAAUGUGUUCAGCAGGUUGAGCUGAAUUAUCAAUCAGAACCUAUGUUAUCCUAGGACUUCUAAAUGAAUUUUUCUGGUUCUGCUAAGGUAAUACUUUGUCAAUGCCUCAAUGGCAUUUGGGAGGCGUUGCUGAAUUCUCUUUGAAGGAUAAUGGCAGAGGUAGACGACUUGUAAUAUUUCUUCCUAUGGCGUGAUAUGCAGAUGCUAGCAUUGACCAUGCAACAUCAGGUGAAUUUUAAAGAAAUCGUCGAAGGAGGCAGUCUUACCAACACCUGGAAGAUUGGUUUCACCAACCUUAUAAUGUAGAAAGUUACUCUGGCCCCUGUUGGUAAUCAUGUUUACGGGUGACAUUGUUUUCAUCUUUAUUCAAGGCAAAAAGUAUCGUUGGGAUUUCCUCCUCCAUCCUGUGGUAACACAUCCUUAUGUUACUUCAUUAUGGCUGGUGCAGAUUUUGUUAGUAUUUUUUAUGAUUCAUUUGUAAAAAGGGUUGGCAUAUUGAUACCUCAUAUUGGGAAUCUUCCCUCAGGGAAUUGCAGAAUGUCUAGAGGAAUAGGAGUAGUGUAGAGUCUGUGAAGUGAGGAUAUAUCAAGUUGCUAUGUUGGCUUGAAAAUAUAUAUAAUAUGCACAGAAAAUAUAUUUAAAGAUAAAUGUGAAACUUCUUACUUGGUGA